AUGUCUGGUAGAAAUGCGAUCCAAUGCAGUGUCUUUGGCGACAAUGGACGAGCGCUCACCCCUCCUCGGGGCUGGAAUUCCUUCGAUUCUUACUCCUGGUCCGUCUCCGAGGAAGAUUUCUUGGAGAAUGCAGAGCUCGUGUCGAAGUAUCUCAGGAAUUUCGGCUACGAGGUGGAACCCGGUGUCUCGUCUUUCACGAGUGGCACUGACACACUGGACGCGUAUGGCCGGCCUUUGCCCGAUCCAGACCGCUGGCCUUCGUCGAGAAAUGGCCAGGGAUUUCGAGAAGUUGCCGAUCGCGUCCAUCAGCUGGGUCUCAAGUUUGGAAUCUCGGUCAUUCGUGGCAUCCACAAAGCUGCUGUCGAGCUAAACACUCCAAUCUAUGGAUCACAGGUAUGGCUUCUUUCCAGUUCAGUGAUUGUUCUAAGAUCCAUCCAAACAGGGCAGUCGGAGUCCAUACAAAUGGAAAGCCCGCGACAUCGCGGUCGUGGGACAGGAUUGCUCGUUCAUGCCCGAUAG